UGUUAUGGGGGAUAGCAUUUAGCCUUCUUCAUGACACCACACUUCCUUGUGAAAGAUAAGAUAAGCCCAUGUCAUGAAAAGUUCAUCUGUUUGACUUUCUGACAACCUCUCCUUAUCUUAAUUUGGACUUGUAAGACGAGGUUAUUCACAGGUCAGCUCAGUGAUUUGGAGGGCUUGUCAAAUCAGUCCAAAGGCAAAAAUAUCACAUAGUGAAAUAUCUUUACAGCUAGGAGCUCACAUGUUAAUGCUGGAAAAGUUCUGCUUCUUUACAGAGUAUUUUCUACAAAUGCCACUUUGUUUUAGAAAGUCAAGCUUAAAAAAAGUUUCUGCUUGUGCAAUGAUCUAAACAGUUCUUAAUUCUGCUUUAUGUAAUAAUUACAAGUCCUCAGAAAGAUAGCAAAACACCACCUUGCAGAUCAAUUCAGCAACCUGAUUACAGGUUUAUGAGAACGGCUCAACUUCUCACCCCGGCUGUAUCUUUUGUUUACUGCCUGAGUGAGAAAUUUAUUACUGCUUCACAGAAUUAAAGAGGACAGAAAUAGUUGGCAGGGAGCAGCACAAAAAACCUUGACCACUGUUGUAUAAUUGCAAAUUAUCACAAUGAGGGCGAUAAAAUGAAUCAGUGAUAAUUGUCAGACAUCAAAUGCUUUGAUUUUUUAAAAGCAAAAAUAAAACAUGUAGCUUUAGAAAUUAUUUUAUAGUUUCUCAUAUUUUAUCUGACUUUGCCAUUUUUUACAGUGCCACUCCUGUUUUCUUUUUUAUCAUUUCCUGCAAAGUACUUUGACACUUUAGUGAGAAACAUCAAUUUGUGCAGCAGAAACUUUUCACCUGAACUGAAGAAAACAUAAAAAAAUAGGGAAAAAAAGUCCUCAAAUACACCAAACUCAAAAUAUGUUUAUGGGACAAAAAUCUAAUUUCUUAUUCCUCCCACAAUAGCUAUUUUAUAAUUAAAAAAAACAAGUUACACAUAAAGACUUAGACUUUACUUAGACUUAUUUUAUUGUCAUUGCACAAAGAAACAUAAGUAAAAUUGGCAAUGAAAUGCCAUCGCUUGGCCACGAGUGUGUCUAUAAUUACAUAAUAAACAAAUAAUGUAUUGCUAAUUAUAUAUAACUUAGUAUUUUUCGAGCAGGAUUAGACAGUUUUUGUGAUGGGAUUGUUGGGCAAUCUGAUGGCCAGUGGGAGACAGCUAUUUCUGAAUAAAAAAAGAAUAAACCAGAAAUAGCAUGAAUUUAUCAAUAAGAACAUGAAUGGGAUCAACUUUACAGAAUGAUUUUAGGUAUAAAUAAUAACAGUAGUGUAAACAUUUUUUGUUUUUUUUUCUCUGAUCAUCAAAUAAUGAAGAAAAACAAGCAGUUUUUAGAUGAUGAGUUAAUUUAUUAUCAGAAAAGCUGCUGAAUCUAAAUCAAACUGGCUUGUGAGAAAAUAUAACCUGUUAUUAACUGGGAUUCAUCAUAUUUUUUCAUCUCAACUGUCACUAGUUACAUUUAUAUGAGUAACUUUGUGGAGAAGGGGUGUGAAUACUUUAGGGCUGCCUGACAAAGUAUGUUAUGUCUUAAAGUAACCAGAAGGUGGCGCCCUUCAACCCAUGAAUAGGCAAAAAUGACACUUUCCGUUUAGUUGAGUGUCAUCAACACUGACCUUGUUUUAGGAAGGUUUCAUUAGUCAUAGUUAUUCAUUUUUGAUACUAUAUAGAGCAGCUAACAUGUUGUGAUUUCCUUCCCGGAUAUUUCCUGUCCUCUGCUUCCUCUCCGAGGAAGAGGAAGAGGAGGAGGAGGAGGGCGGACACUCAGCAUCCUUCAGCCUCCGCCCGCCUCUCUGGCUCUGCCUCCAUCCGACACGGCGCUGGAUCAGACCUGCAGGGGGUGGGGGGCAGAAAAACACACUGCGGAAAGAGGGCGAUGGCCGCCGGUGGUGGAUGCGGGGAAUCGGUGGAUCAGUACCGGGCCGAGGUGGAGAGGCUCACGCAGGAACUGGCCGAGGCCAACCGGGAGAAGAUCCGGGCUGCGGAGUGCGGGUUGGCCGUCCUGGAGGAGAACCAGGCGCUGAAGCAGAAAUAUGCAGAGCUGGAAACCGACCAGGAGACCCUCCGGAAGGAGCUGGAGCAGCUACAGGAGGCGUUCGGUCAGGCCUACACCAACCAGCGCAAGGUGGCAGAGGAUGGAGAGACCAUUGAGGAGACGCUGCUGCAGGAGUCAGCCUCCAAGGAGGCGUAUUACAUGGGCCGGCUGCUGGAGCUGCAGACGGAGGUGACGCUGAGCCGCUCGGUGACGUCCAACGCUCAGGCGGAGAACGAGAGGCUCAACACGCUUCUGCAGGAGCUGCGAGAGAGCAACGAGAUGCUGGACCUGCAGCGCAGCAGGAUGAGGGAGGAGAUCAAGGAGUAUAAGUUCAGGGAGACGCGUCUCCUCCAGGACUACAGCGAGCUGGAGGAGGAGAACAUCACCCUGCAGAAGCUGGUCUCCACACUCAAGCAGAGCCAGGUGGAGUAUGAGGGGCUGAAACACGAAAUCAAAGUCCUGGAGGAGGAGACGGUCCUCCUCAACAGCCAGCUGGAGGACGCUCUGCGUCUGAAGGACAUCUCUGAGGGACAGCUGGAGGAAGCGCUGGACGCCCUGAAGACGGAGCGCGAGCAGAAGAACAACCUGAGGAAGGAGCUGGCUCACCACAUCAGCCUGAGCGACAGCGUGUACGGGGCCGGGGCCCACCUGGCGCUCACCGUCACCGGCGUCGAGGGCCUCAAGUUCUCCGAGGAGACCGGCAGCGGCAACGUUCCCAACGGCGGCGCCAUCCCUGCUGCCAACGGCAACAUGGUGGACAGCAACCGCUGCAACGGCCACCUGCACCACAGCCCCGUCCUGGCCAAGGCCAGCGGGGAUUACCGCGCCGGCAGGAAGGCGGACGGCCUGGUGCCGGACCUGUUCAGUGAGCUCAACUUGUCCGAGAUGCAGAAGCUGAAGCAGCAGCUGCUGCAGGUGGAGCGUGAGAAGGCGGGUCUGCUGAUGACCCUGCAGGAGUCGCAGACCCAGCUGCAGCACACGCAGGGCGCCCUGACGGAGCAGAACGAGCGCGUCCAUCGCCUCACCGAACACGUCAACGCCCUCAAACACCUGAACGCCGACAAGGAGCUGGACGACCCGCAGGAGAGCGAGAAGCCAGACGGCGGCUCCCCGUCGCCGUCGUCCAACGGCCGCCUCGACCCUGACAUCCACGGGUUUGAGAUCCUGGAGUGUAAGUACAAGGUGGCGGUGACGGAGGUGAUCGACCUGAAGGCCGAGCUCAAAGCCUUAAAGGAGAAGUACAACCAGGCGGUGGAGGGCCAGGGAGACCGCCACAACGACGACCGGGUCCAGGCGCUGACUGAGCAGGUUUCCCAUUUGGAGCGGAGCUACCGUGAGAGCCGGGAGCGCGUGGCUGGCCUGGAGGCCGAGCUGCGCGCCGCAUCAAACACGGCGACGGAGAGCCAGAGCAUGCUGAACGCAGCGCAGGACGAGCUGGUGACCUUCAGCGAGGAGCUGGCGCAGCUCUACCACCACGUCUGCCUCUGCAACAACGAGACGCCCAACCGCGUCAUGCUGGAUUAUUACCGGCAGAGCCGCACCACACGCAGCGGCAGCCUGAAGGGCCCCGAGGAUCCACGGGCGCUCCUGUCUCCCCGCCUGGCGCGCCGCCUCGCCGCCGCAUCCGCGGCCUGCUCGUCCGACUCCCUGCGCAGCCCAAUGGACUCCCCGUCCAGAGACGCCCACCACAGCAACGCAGCGGGCAACAUGGUGGGCAACACAGCGGGCAACGUGACGGACUCGUCGUCCUGCCACAGCAGCCCCCUCCACAACGUCAGCGGGUCGCCCUCCAUCAGCAUAUCCCGCUGCCCGUCUCCGGUGCCGUCGGACGCGGGUGGCGACCUGCGGAGGGAGCCCAUGAACAUCUACAACCUGAACGCCAUCAUCCGAGACCAGAUCAAGCAUCUGCAGCGGGCCGUGGACCGCUCGCUGCAGCUGUCCCGGCAGAGAGCUGCAGCCAGGGAGAUGGCCACCAUGCUGGACAAGGACAAGGAGUCGUGCAUGGAGGAAAUCCUGAAGCUCAAGUCGCUGCUCAGCACCAAGAGGGAGCAGAUCGCCACGCUGCGGCUCGUCCUCAAGGCCAAUAAACAGACAGCAGAAAAUGCCCUGGCUAACCUGAAGAGCAAGUAUGAGAAUGAAAAGUCAGUGGUGACGGAGACCAUGAUGAAGCUGAGGAACGAACUGAAGGCUCUGAAGGAAGACGCUGCCACCUUCUCCUCUCUCAGAGCCAUGUUCGCCACGAGGUGUGAUGAGUAUGUCACCCAGCUGGACGAGAUGCAGAGGCAGCUGGCCGCAGCAGAGGACGAGAAGAAGACGCUCAACUCCCUCCUCAGGAUGGCGAUCCAGCAGAAACUGGCCCUGACGCAGCGGCUGGAGGACCUGGAGUUUGACCACGAGCAGAUUCACCGCGGCCGCGGCGCCAAAGUGCCCAAGAUAAGAAGCAGCCCACCCAAAUUUUUUGUAGAUUGUCAGCAGCCUUCUGCCUCAGUACCGACAUUCUCCCCACAACUAAGGCGAGGGAGAGCCUCCUUAGCCCGCAGUCGUAAAUUUCUGGAAGACCUCCAGGAAUACCAAGCGGCCCUGUCCAGCAGUCGCAGCCUUCUCUCGCCGUGCGACCCGCGUAGCUGCAUGGCCCACCAGCCCCACCCCCCCCCCGGUACCUAGCCCCGCCCCCGGCACCUAGCCCCGCCCCCGGCCCGGACCCAAAGGAGCCAUGCAGAGGCAGACACUCCGUAGAUGAGGGAGGGGCCUCCUCUUCCCUCACUGGACUCUGUCCGCCACCCCGGCCGGACCCGGCCCGGUUCUGGCCCGGUUCUGGUGGGCCUCCCACUACCUGGGUCGUAGAAGAGAGGCAGGACGCGCUCCCCGUCUUCUGGAUGCGACUUCCUGCAGGAGGACUGACCGGCAGAAAUGCUGCUGACGCUGAACUGGAAUCUUUCCAUUAGUUUACUGUUAUUUAUUAAUAAUUUAUUGACUAUUUAUUAUUUACAGGAUUUAAUAAUCCUUGUAUGUUUUUCUUCUGUCUUAUGUUUUUUUAUAAGAAUUCAUUCCUGCUGUGGAGACGAAGUAAUCGGUUUCACAGAUUCACUUUCACAACACAGUCUGUUUUGUUCUUCCAUCAAAAAUUCAACAAAAAUAAACAUUUGAUUUAGACGUUUUCUAGAAAAAAGCGUAUCUAGUUAAACCAUAUAGAAUUUUGUGAGAAUAACAACCAAAUAAAUCAUGUAUGGAGUUUUUUUUACACAGUAGCUCUUAGACACUUUGGCACGGCGGUUCCAGUGAACUAAUAACAGGAAAAGGUUUCGUGUUUGUGACGGUUGAUUUCAGCUGAUUUUCUUUCACAGGUUUUUCUUGCAAUGCUUAUUUAUGAAUUAUUUUAACAUUUUUAAAUUAGAUACACAAAGACUGUUUUAUAUCACUUGUUUAUUUAUUAGACACAUUUUUUACAGUGGGUCCUGGUGAUGCUUGCAGCUCAGCUCUCAGAAACUGAGUGGAUUUGAUUUUGAGCUGCUUUUCAUUUUGAAUUUACAGGUUUAAAUGAACUCUUACUGCUGCAUUAAGGUCUCUGUUAUCUACUCUUUGUAUUUUCCUCGUUGAGUAUUUUCAGACUUUCUCGCUGUGGUAGAAACCAGUCAUGCUACUGAUUCUUUUCCUCAUUGUGACAGAGAGAAAAAAGCAUUGCAGCUCCACACUUUGGGGUCCAUUUUUAGAGUUACACAGUCAAAUAUUACCAGCUUGUUUUCAUCGUGUUAUAUAUUCAUUUACAAAUGUCACAGUUUAAACUAAAUAUUUAGCCAACAAGUUAAAUGUUUAGCUUACAACUGAAUAGGUAGCUAGCUUAACCCAAAAUAUUUAAUUUGGAGCUAAACUUUUAGCUCUGAGCUUGCUAAAUAUUUAACUAAGAAGCUAAAUAUUUAGCUCCAGACUAAACAUUUAGUUUAGUCUGUUACUAAACAUUUACAAAUUAAAUGCUUAGUUCCAAAUUUAAUAGUUAGGUCAGAGACAACUAAAUAUUUAACUUGCUAAAUAACGAUUUAAUUAGCAAGCUAAAUAUUUAGCCCAAAACUAAAUAUUUAGCACUGAGCUAGCUUAAUAUUUAGUUUGAAAUUAAAUAUUUAGCUUGGUAACAAAAUAUUUAGUUUUACAUUAAAUGUGUACCUUACUUCCUAAGUUUUUACUUUAAAGCCAAAUAUUUAGUUUAGUUUUAAGUUAAAUAUGCACCUUGAUCACUACAUAUUCAACUAAAGAAUUCACUAAAUAUUUAGCUUGGAGCUAAAUGUAUAGUUAGUCAACUAAAUAAUUAGCUUGCUAAAUAAUAUAUGAUAUUAACAUUUAUAAAUGAAUGAAUAACAUGGUGAAAAUAUGACUUUGUAUAGUGAACAGCCAUGUUUUUUUGCUUAUGACAGGCUAAAUAAAUCUAAUAAUUGUGUUAAUUUUUGACAGUAACUUUAGAAGCGGUUCCCCACGCAGCCUCUCCGUGUUGCCGUCUCCCUUUGCUUCCCCAGAGAGAAUGCAGUACAGCACAAGCACAAUUCUGCACUAUGCGUUUGAGCAAUACAGCAGCAGCAAUCGCAGGUUGAUCUGGGUGAAACAUUUCUGCCAGUAAACUGUGUGGGAAGGUUAAAGGAACAGAGAGUUCCAGAUAAGAGAAGAAUUCCUUUUCUGUUACUAAACUAAAGUUUUGUCUCUUUUUGAGAUGCAGAAAAUGUGGCAACUGCAAGGAAAGUUUCAUUUUUCUGCACCUUUCCAACAUUCUCAUAAUUAUUAUGUCCCAAGUUAAAGAUUUAAAACCUGAACCUCCACAGCCAGUAUUGGUGUGUUUAAGGACACCAUUGAGUGGACGUCCUGCUCAGCGUGUGUGUUCACUGGUUCACCACAGGUUGAUACUUUUGCAACUACAGAGUGAUGAAGAGGCAGCAGCUGGAUCUGUGCUGGCUCUUUAACUUCUGGUCUGAACGGAGAGACUAACCGGGUUCCUGAAAACAAGCCGUGGUUUGACAGGAAUGCUUGCAGUAUGCUGGGAUAUUGUGGGUUUUACAGUUUCUCCACCAUUUGAAACAGUGUUAAACUGGAUACACAAGCAAAUAAAACAUUUCUCCUUUG